AUGAGCCCUGGGGGUGCGGGCUGCUCCCCAGGGUUGUUGCUCACGGUCAGCUGGCUGCUCCUGGGGGGCCUGCAGUCCACAGGUGGGGGGAAUACCACCGACUUCCAGGAUCCUGGAAUGGUCCCUGUAGGCGAAAGCGAGAGCAGUGAGGCUGAGGAGGAAUCCGAAAGUGAUGAGGAACCUGAAGCUGUAACUGAGGGUGAAGACCCAAGUGAGCCCGAGGACGAUGCUUCAAAUGGGACAAUAACCAAAGAAGUCGAGUAUGGAAUGUGCACCGUUACAUGUGGUGUGGGUAUUAGAGAUGUGCUGCUCACAAAUGGAUGUCCUGGACAUGAAUCCAAGUGUCUUGUUCGUGUGGAGGAAUGCCGAGGGCCAGUGGAUUGUGGCUGGGGUAAACCACUCUCAGAAAGUCUGGAUAGUGUUAGGCUGGCAUGUGUUCAUGUAUCUCCUAUAAAUCGUUUCAAGUAUAUGUGGAAACUUCUAAGGCCAGAUCAACAAUCUGUUAUCCUUCGAAAUGAUUCUGCCAUCCUGGAGAUACACAGAGAGGACCACCCCUUAGCUCUAGAGUGUACUACCUCGGAAAACAAUGAAGUCAUUGCAACUAUUAAAUUCACAGUCUACACAGCAAGUGAAUUGCAGAUGACAAGAUCUGGCCGACCAAAUACUGAUGCAGUCCUGGUUUUUGUGCUGACCAUAGGAGUCAUUAUCUGUAUAUUUGUGAUCUUUGUAUUGAUCUUCAUAAUUAUAAACUGGGCAGCCAUCAAGGCCUUAUGGGGGGCAAAAUCCUCAACAACUGAGAUACAGUCUGAGUUUAGUUCUAUGAGAUACAAAGAUUCAACUUCUCUUGACCAAUCACCAACAGAAAUGCCUGUGCAUGAAGAAGAUAAUUUAAGUGAAUGGAAUGAAUGA